AUGAAAUCUGAAAAUCGAGGAUCCGAGAUCCUCGCCAUUACUUGGACGCUCACCGGUUUGGCAGCACUAUCCCUUCUUGUCAGGAUAGUAUGGAAGAUUCGUUCCAAGAAGAAGCUAUGGUGGGAUGACCAUGUUUGUUCUCUCUCAUGGUUCGUCCUCAAAACCUCCACCUUCAUCAUCACCAUCGCCACCUCCAAAGGCCUCGGCAAACACGUCCAAGCUAUCCCCGAAGACAACCUCCCCACCAUCGGUCUAAUCGGCAACUUCAUCGGCACCCUCUCCAUCCUCGCCUCGGUAUGGAGCAAGACCUCGUUCGCCCUCACGCUGCUCCGGUUGCUGUCGGGUAGAUGGACCAAAGACCUCCUCUGGCUCGGCGUCGCUACCAUCCACGUCUUUUUGAUCGUCAACGCCCUCUUCAUGUGGAUCAGGUGCUCGCCGGCCGCAAAAACGUGGGAUACCUACAUGGAGGGGACGUGUUGGGAUAACCAGGUGUAUCCGCAGUAUGCCAUGUUUGCUGCUGGCUACUCCGCAGCCGUGGACCUCAUCCUAGCUCUCCUACCAUUAGCAUUAUUCUUUCAACUCCAAAUGCUCCAUUGGAAGGAAAAACUCGGAAUCUCCCUAGCCAUCGUUGUCGCCCUUGUCUCCGGGGCAGGCGCCGUAAUGAAAGCAACCGUAAUCUCAGGCCUCACCUCCUCAGACUUUACUUUCAACACCGCCCCCCUAAUCUACUACGCAACCGCCGAAUCCGCCCUCACCAUCAUCGCCUCUUGCAUCCUCUCUCUAUCAACCCUUUCACGAGUUGUUAGCCGACCCCAAAGCGGCAGCGGCGGCGGCGGCGGCGGCACGGCAGGUAGUAAGUCGCCGCUGGAAAGCCAGAGUCAGUUAACGUCGGAGAACAUUCCGUUGGGAGCAGCUGGAGCUGGAGCAGCUAGUGCUAGUGCCAGUGGUCAAUCGUCGGCGGCGCCUCCGAGCUCCUCCUCCGGAAUUAGGGUUGUCGGAGGAGGAGGAGGAGGAGAGCCUGGUGGUGGUGAGGUGCCGGAGAGAAAUCGGUGCUGGUAUAAAUUGCCGCCUGAUACGAAUGCUUGGCCGGGGGUUUUGAUGUGA